CAGAUGAUUUUAGCCGACCUUUUUCAAAUUGAAAGAAUUUCAUCAUUUUUACAUCAUAAUAUUUUUUCAAAUGAAAUGUGUUUUUUAAUCAAUCAGACAAAAUGAUACCGGCAUUAAUAGCGGUCGCACGUGUUUAUGCACCAUACGUAAUGUUACCAGUUGCAAUGGUUAUUGGUGCAAUCGGUUAUAAUAUUGAAUGGGCAAUACGUGAUCCAAAUAAACCAAAAGGUGAUCAAAAACCAAGUGUCGAAUUGGAACGAAAUGAACGUUUAUUACAACAAUUAUUAGCAACAGAAAAAAUUGAAGAUCUUACCAAUGUAGAAAGUUUAAAACAAAAAUCUUUUGUUUCGAAAACAAUAUUCGAACAAAAUUUAUCGCCUUCAUUGAAACCAUCAUCUUCAUCAUCAUCAUAAUGAUAAUGAUAAUGAUGGACAUUGUCUUACAAUGGUUUUGAAUUUGUAACAGAAAAUUUCAACAAAACAACAAGAAUUAUUUAAAGCUUUGUUUCAAAGCACAUUUUCUUCUCUCUUU